AGCGCGAUUGCUGAGGGUGCAAAAGUUUGUGGGGAUGGAGAUGGACAACAACCUUCUUACGGCAAUGGUGGAAAUGUUGAGAAAAGAAAUGCACACAUUCCACCUUCUAGAGGGAGAGAUGACGAUUACAUUGAAGGACGUAACCAUGCUGACAGAGCUUCCAAUCGAUGGAAGCACGAAGGUCAUCGUGUACCACCUCUACACAAGUCUAUGUUGUUGAUACCUUGGCUAGUGAGGAUUGUUGGGGAAUUACCGGAUGAUGUCACGGAUGCUCAGAUAGAGAGGUAUGCUCGCAUCUACCUGAUUUGUUUGGUUGGAGGAUUUUUGUUUCCGAGCAAGUCUGGUGGAAAUAUGCAUUGUAUGUGGCUUCGAGUUCUUUUGGAAGAUUGGGACGAGAUUGGGAGAAAA